GUUAGAAGAUCACUUGUCAUCUUCUUCGCUCUGACAUUAAAUAUAGACUCGAUUCUUAAAAAAAGAGUGAGAUGGAAAUAUGUUUGAUAAAUUCAACAAUAUAUAAAUGUUUACAAUUUUUUUUUUAAUAUUGCCAUUCCUUUUACUACAAAUACUACGAAUUCUACUACACUUUACUACAUAACAAUAGUAUUUAACAAACGAGUGUAGUUCAUUGAUUUUUUUAUUUUACGCUGGAAAUUGGGUGUGGAUAUUCAGUGUCAUAAAUAUUAUUAUUUAUUAGCAAUAAUUAGUGAUGAUAAAUACUUAGCUGUUAAGAGUGGUGAUACAAUUACGGGAUAUGGGAGUGGGAUAAAAUAUAUAUAAAAAUAAAUAUAUUUAAAUAUGACGAAAGAUUUUAAUGGUGACCGUAAAGGGAAUUUGUGACGGGUGUUUUAAUAUUUUAUUGUUAGACGGUGAGAUAAUAAAUUAUAAUGCAGCUUAUAAGGUGUAGAUGAAACAAUAAUAUGGAGCUGAAAGUUUGGGUUGAAGGAAUACAACGGAUUGUUUGUGGUGUCACUGAGACAACUACGUGCGAGGAUGUAGUUUACGCACUAGCUCAUGCUACCAGCCAGUCUGGGAGGUUUACUUUGGUUGAACGAUGGCGUAAUAGUGAACGUCUUUUGGCACCCUAUGAAAAUCCUCUUAUGAUACUGAUGAAGUACGGCGAAUACGCUCCAGAUGUUCAAUUGAUUCUUCGAAAGUCAAACUCGGAUGUGAACAAAAAUCAGCCGAAUGUAUUAAAUAGAACCCGGCCUAAUGGAGCACUAAACUCGUCAUCUGAUCAAUUCGUUAAUAAUAGAAGUCACGAUAGCGGUAGUAAUAGUAACAAUAAUAAUAACAAUAGUAAUAAUGGACACUCUACGUCUGAGAGUAAUGAAUCACCGGAGGUACUCAAGAGGAAUCGGGACAUACGAAAAUCCCUUACGUUUAGUGGAUUGCACGGAACAGUAUCUGAUCAUUCAGAGGUACAAAUGGAAAAUAUUGCUGUAGUACAACCGACACUACAGACCAAAAUACAAUCGAGAAAAGCUGCAUUUAAGAGCAAUGAGUCACCUACCAGAGCUUCGAGUAGCGAAGGAUUUAUAAGCUUAACACACAAAAAAACCCGUGAAGUACCACCAUAUCGUGAUCCUCCAGGUCCUGAUUCAUCACCAUUGAGGACAUUGCCCCCGUAUCGUGAUCCUCCGCCACCAAUAGUGACUAAUAGCAAGUCACAGUCUCAAGAAAGUUCGACUAGUGAAAAUUUCAGUCUUUCCAAAGAAGAACAGUCCUCGGCUACUGGUUCUACUAAAUCAAAACGUAGUCAGGAGAUCCAAGAUACAAAGGGACUUAUGCAAUCGAGUAAGCCGCAACUAAGUCAACCGCAAAAUAUGGUAGCUGUGGCUUAUACUCAUCGUUAUGCUGAACUUAUAAAACUAGUCAAUAACCAACGCGAUACUCUUAGCUCACAACAAGUUGAUCUCACUAAAUUGAACGCCGAAAUCUUGUAUUGGGAGAGUAAAAAUAGAGAGCACUAUAAUCAAAUGGAUUUUAUAUCACAGGAAAUAAAUCGUAUUGAAUCAGCCGGUCGUGUUUUAGAAGAACAGUUAAGUGAAUUAAUGCACACUGAAGAAGAAAAUGAACUUGUAAGACAGCAGGAAAAAUCUCUGAUAUCAGAAAUAAAUUCGCUUAGAUCGAAGAUCAAUAAGUGCGAAACGGAAUUACUGCAAUGUAAAAAUAAAAUAAGGUUGUUAGUGGAUGAACUUUCAUUAGAGCAACACAAUAUUAACCGAGAAACCGAGGAGCGUUCAGCUAUGGAACGAAAAAUAUUGAAUGAAAUGGAAAGACUACAAAGUGAACUCGAAUUGGCUAAACGGUUAACAGAACACACUAAUCAGUCGGCUGAUUUAUUGAAACAAGAAGUUACGAAUAUUGAAUCGGCUAUUGUAGAUAAAAAAUUACAAGUUGAAAAAUUAGUUUCGGAGAUGAAAGAAGCUAAUUUACAGAGUUUGACUGUUGCAUGUCAAGAGGAACAAAUCAAAAAUUUAUUAGAAGGUAAUCAAAAACCUAUUUGUCCACGUAAACUUAUAGGACCACCAAGGCAACUGGAGAACGCAGUGCCUACUAGUAAAAAUCCACAUGGCGUAUGGGUAUAGAAACAUUAAUAUAGAAGAUAAAUAAAUCGAAUUAAUAAUUUAAUUAUUAAAUAUGUUGAGUGAAAAAAAAAAAAAAAAAUUAUAAAAAGAUUGCAUUUGCACUUUGUUGACGUAGUAAGUUUGAAUGAAAAAAAUUUUAAUGUAUAAUAUUUUCACUUUUAUAGUAUUUGUUUAUUUAUAAAUUUAUUAUCGUUAACAUUUGUUUACUUAGUCAUUAUUUUGAUUUUAUACUUUAUAUAAAUUUAUAUAUAUAAAUAAAUAAAUAUAUUGUAAUAAUUAUUACCA